AUGCUCUCGCCUUUUCUACCCCCAGAGGUCGUACUGAACAUAUUUCUGUAUGUACCAGCUUUCUAUUUGAAGUACUUCCAUGAUGAAUUGCCUACUGGCAAAUUGAAGGAUAUUGUAGCAUUCAAUCUAUACAAAAGUGUCUACUUCGGACCUCCUACUCCAGAUGAAAGUUUACACCGAGUAUCUAUCGAGGAGCUCCGAGAUCUUGCUAGACAAGACUCUGGUCCAAGAAUUAAGGUCCUAAUUUUGGAAGAAAUCGAUGAUAUAGGUGACUACAAAGACGUCUUCGAAAGCUUCUUGCAAUUUGUAGGCGAGAAUUCUCUGUUCAUGGCUGAGAUUCCUGUUGUUCACUACAAAGGAAGUACGAUAUUCUUGACAAAAUAUGCUUCAAGACUGACUGUGGCCAAUUUUGUCUCAUGGAAAGGGCUCGAACUCCACGCUAUUGAUAUUUCUUCAGUGUUGGAUAUUUUACCUUCAAAUUUAGCAGAAUUGAAGUUUGCAAACGAGGCAAACACAUAUAUGGCUAUUUCAGAAUUUCCUUCAACCUUGCGUAAGCUCGCAGUCUUUGCAAAUGUAGAUACUGGCAAGAUUUGUCUUCCUGCGCACCUUGAAGAGUUCGAGUGUAUGGCAGAGAUACAGAUUUGGGAUGAAUUUCCGCAAGGCUUGAAGAAAUUGAGUUUACUGCAACAUUUCAUUCUUCCAGAAUUUGAAUUUACAGACUCGUUGACGGACUUGUCACUUCGGUCUUGCAGUAUUCGCCAUUCAGGUCUUACACGAUUUGUCUUACCUCAGAAUUUGAAGAAGUUGACAUUAUCUCACAAUCCACUAGGCUCCAUCGAUAGAGUCAAUUUUCCAGACUCACUUGAAGAUCUCGAUAUUUCAGGCUGUGGAAUUGCUAGUCUUGAUGAUGUGACUUUUCCUCCCCUGCUAGAAAAGCUCCAAGUUUCGGACAACGAAUUGACCAACUUGGAAAACGUUGACUUUCCACCUUUGAAAUUUCUCGAUGUGUCAACGCACUCAACAGUCUUCAUCACUUCCAUGUCAAAAAUAAAGUUUCCAACCACUCUAGUAACGUUGUGUUCUUCUGGCCAACCAGUCGAAGAUUGGUCGAAGACAAAACUCCCCGAAAGCUUGCAGGUUCUAACUAUCAUGGUAUCUGAAAGAGCUGCAGACUUACGAUUCCCGAAGUGUCUAGAGAAGCUCCGAAUCUUGUUCCUAAAGUCUUCCAGAGCAGUCUUCGCGGAUCUUAAACUUCCGAAGACAUUGGUGCUUCUUCACUUGCAAAAUGGCAAAUGUCUGGAUUUCGAUUGGAAUCUACCAUUGUUGAAGAAGAUGUAUGUUAAGGGCAUUGUGGGUUCGAUACAGAUACCAGAUACAGUGGAAGAGCUUGAACUUUUCGCAAGAGAUUAUGAAGUGUAUCAGAAUUUGACCCUUCCUUACGGAUUGGAAUCAGUCACCAUGCGUUACCUGAUAACACGGUACCCUGAGACACUACAUACCUUAAAAAUCACCAACUUCGAUUCCCAAUUGGAAGUCGAAUGGCCCCCGCGACUUCGCACACUUUAUCUCUCUCCUGGUGAAUACGAUGAUGUUGAUGGCUCCAACCUAAAACUUCCUCGGACUCUUGAGUUUUUGAAAAGUGAAUUUGACCCUGAACCAGAAUGGAGACUGCAAAGACUGCUUUCUGCUCGAUCCUAA